AACAGCGGCCAUGGCAGUAACGCACCUGAAGCUGGAGCUCCGCUAUGAAGGCGGCAAGCUGCGAGGGUUCAUCUGCAAGGUGACGCGAUCCACCCACAGCUGCCCGUCGGAGAGCUCCUGCCAAAUCGCAGCUCAGGUGCUGCUGCCCUACCUGCUUGCUGGGUUCGGUAUGGUGGCAGCCGGCAUGCUCAUGGACACAGUGCAACACUGGCCCGUGUUUCAGACCAUUACCGAGGUGUUCAUCCUGGUGCCGGCCCUUGUAGGACUCAAGGGGAACUUGGAAAUGACACUGGCGUCCCGGCUCUCCACUGCAGCCAACACUGGACAAAUGGACAAGCCUGAGCAACAGUGGAGGAUGGUGUGCAGCAACCUAGCACUUAUUCAGGUGCAGGCCACAGUUGUGGGCUUCCUGGCUGCCUUGGCAGCAGUGGCGCUGGGAACAGUCACCAGAGGACGGGUGGAGUUGGGUCAUGCAGCCGUGCUGUGCGCUAGCAGUGUGACCACUGCCUUUGUGGCUGCCCUUUCACUUGGUCUAGUGAUGGCAGGGGUGGUCAUUGUCUCCAGGAAGGUGGGCAUCAACCCAGACAAUGUGGCUACUCCCAUCGCCGCCAGCCUAGGGGACCUCAUUACCCUUUCUCUUCUAGCUGGAGUCAGCAGUGCUCUCUUCCAGUAUAGAGGGGUUUGGUACCUGUCCCCCCUAGUGUGUGGGCUCUUCCUAAUACUCAUUCCACUCUGGGUGGUCCUCGCCCGCCGCAGCCCGCACAUCCGCGAAGUCCUAACAUCGGGAUGGCAACCUGUCAUUGUAGCCAUGUCCAUCAGCAGCUUCGGGGGCCUGAUCCUGGACAAGACGGUGAGCGAUCCCAGCUUUGAGGGUGUUGCCAUCUUCACACCCGUCAUCAAUGGUGUGGGUGGCAAUCUGGUGGCAAUUCAGGCCAGUCGCAUCUCCACCUACCUUCACAUCUGGAGCAUUCCAGGCGUGUUGCCCUACAAGAUGCAGCAGCACUGGCCAAACCCUUGUGUGGUCUUCUUCUCCUCAGGCAUCAACUCUAAGUCAGCCAGGGUGCUCUUCUUCCUGGUGGUCCCAGGUCACUUGAUCUUUCUCUGCACCAUCUACAUGCUGCAGGGGGGUCACACAGCCAUCACGCUGGGGUUCACCUGCUGCUACCUGUCCGCGGCUCUGCUGCAGGUGGGGAUCCUGCUGUACCUGGCUGAUCUGGUUGUGCGCCUGAUGUGGCGGAGGGGACUGGACCCAGACAACUUCUCCAUCCCAUACUUGACGGCUCUGGGGGACCUGCUGGGCACAGGCCUCCUGGCGCUUUGUUUCCGACUGGUGUCUAUGGCAGAAAGCAUGGGGCUCUAAGGCUGUGGACCACGAAACCUGACUGGCCCAGCUAAGGACACAGUGCACACUCUCCUCUCCAUCUGGAUGCUAAGCUGCUGCUGACUUCUGCAGACCUCACACAACAUGUGCUGUCAGUGUGCUUGUCAUGCCUUCCACCUGUGAGUAGUCUGUGUCAGAAUGUGCUUUGUCUCUCUUCGUGGCUCAAAGUCUUUUGUCUUGGUGAAUGUCGAAUUAGUGGAUCAUCAACAAAAAUGCCUGUGUUACUCUCAUUCAUAUCAUACAAGUCAUUCAAGACCAAUUAAUUAAGGAGCUCAAGUAGAAAAAAAGAGACUCUAGGACCUUGUCUGAGGACUCUGGCUCUGUCUGAUAUCUGAUGGGAGAAAUACAGGAGGGAGUUUUUCAACUUUUUGCUCUUGAUCUGAGCAUUUUAUUCAUGGCUCAUGCAGCACAUAUGCUUACAGUUUAUGAAUAUUCAAGUUUACUCUUCAUAUGAAUGUGGAUCUUUUUUGCAGAGAGGGAAAAUUCCUAAAGCGGUACGCCAAAUUCACAUUUAUAGACAUCCUUAGAGGCAUAUCUGAAUGUAAGAUUUCCCAGUAUCCUUAAUUAGAAAUUUCAGCUUCAAAUUUAUUUUUGUUGUAAUUAAAAUGAACUAUUUCUAGAUAAAUGAUUGGUAAACAAUUUUGAUUUGCCAAAUUCUAACUUGCUCUCAUUUCUUAACUGCUUUUUCUCCUGCCAGUGAAUGUUUUGAUUCAAACUCCUAGAAAUGCAAGUGUACAUGACGUGUAAAGAGGUGGGUUUUGCGUGUCUGUUAGGCUUAUUAAAUGUGAUAACAUUUAUAAAAACAAAUUACAUCUCUAUUAGAGGCCUGAUGCCUCUGUCCUCUUUAAAAUUUACUAUUCUCCACUAAUUCAUGCUGCACAUGUUACCUGUCAAAUCAACAAAUACGUGUGUAAAUAAAACUGCAGCAGUGAAAAAAUGACUAAUAUAUUUAAGCUUUGUAGUGUGUAUAAUUUUUGCUUUUUGAAAUGCUUCUGCUUUUAAUGCAAAUGAUAUGUGCUACUAAUUUUCGUAGUUUUCUCAGAUCUAUGCAGGCCUUUUCUCCACGUUGAAAUGCCAACAUGAGCAAAUUGAGUUACUUGGAUAUUUCGUGAUAAUGCCAUUGUAUAACCAGAACAAAUUCUCAGAUACUUAUUUUAGAUGCUUUUUGAAUUGCUUUCACAAAUAAAUGUAGGGUUUAUUAGCAUGAAUGUUUGUAUAGCUAAUGAAAUCACUACUCUUGUACCUUAGAAACAAACACACACCCAACUUUCAGAAUGUUGACUUGUCUUUUAUGUAAAACUUAUUAAAACACUAACAUUUAAGACAUUUUUUCAAAUGUCCUUGUUGCAAUCAGGAUAUUUUAGUAAAUAAAUUAUAUCUGGCAAGUUUCCCCAAGCCCAGCACAUUUAAACAUAAGCAUAGCAGGGUUUCCUUCGUUGAUUUUUCUUGUGCGUCAUUGUAUAUUUCUAUGCACGUUUUUUUUUUUGUUUUGUUACUUUAAGCAAUGAUGUAUAAACUUUUUAAUGUGGAUAAUGCAUUAGUCAGAAAUUUAAGCAAAAUUUACAAUGCUGGAACACAAAACUUGUUUCCAUUAAGACUUCUGUAUGUUAGUUUCAUUAAUUUGGAAGAAUGGACAGUCCAAAGGGAUUACCCUGUUUGAAGUACAGGCAGUCCCCAGGCUACAAUAGUGUGACUCACGUAAAACCCAUAGUUACGACCCCCCCUCCAUUAAGCCUACUAUAUUAAAAAUUUGAGUUACGUGCAAUGUUUUGUAAUAAACGUGCGCUAUGUUGCAACGCACAUCAAAGCUUUGCACGACUACAGCAGUUUGUUGGCUAGGAGGAAGAAGACCGACUUCCUUCCUUCCAGUCGGACCACGUUGCUGCAGUGUCUCAAGGGUUACUGUAUUUGGCUUUAAUUUUUUUGUUGU